AUGCUGCAUGAAAGACCAGCAAGGACGGGAUCGGACCUCGUGAUGGUGGACGACUGGGAGGCAAGGCAGCCUAAGUACCAAAGGAGCAAGGAAGUCCUGGCUCACUUCACGGAAGAGCUCGGGCGUCAACCGCUAUGUGCUGUGGAUGCUAGUGGUCAACCGGUGCCCGUGCAGGUGAUGUUGCUCUGCGGGACGGACCUCUUGGAGUCGUUCGUCAGGCCUGGGGUUUGGCGCCCCGGAGACGUGGAACACAUCUUGGUUACCCACGGCGUGGCGUGCGUCCUCCGGCGGGGUUGCGAUUUGGGGACACUGUUGGUGGAGGAGGGGGCACCCUUGCGGCGUUUCCGCGAUCGUGUCAUACUUGUCAAGGAGCCCUUCGACAACAGCGUGAGCUCCAGCACUGUGCGGCAGGAGCUGAGGCGGGGGCACUCUGUGAAGUACAUUGUUUCCGACGCGGUGAUAGAGUAUAUAAAGGCAAAGGGGCUGUAUGCGGAAGACGAGCAAGAUACUAAGGUCGAGGGUUAG